AGAGUAAGACAAUGGCAGGCAACAACCAGCUUUGCAUCCGACGUUGGACUACUAAGAACGUAGCCAAAUGGCUAAAGGAAGAAGGCUUCUGCGAGUAUGUGGACGUUUUGUGCAAUAGACACAGACUGGAUGGAAUUACAUUAUUGACACUGACUGAAUAUGAUUUGCGAUCUCCUCCUUUGGAAAUCAAAGUCCUGGGGGAUAUCAAAAGAUUAAUGUUGUCGAUACGCAAAUUGCAGAAACAGCAUAUUGAGGUUUUAGAAGAGUUGGGUUACAACAGCGAUAGUCCCAUUGGCACAAUGUCUCCUACCGUUGGCUCCCUUCAAGAUACGGAUUGGUUUUGUAAUGGUGAAGUACCACGGGACUGUGGACCAGUUACUGACCUGAAUGCUGAUCAGUAUCAAUACACAAAUGGGAAAAACAAACAUCCUAUGCGAAGACUGGACCCUGAGUACUGGAAAACAGUCUUAAGUUGUAUAUAUGUUUUCAUAGUGUUUGGCUUUACAUCAUUUGUCAUGGUUAUAGUACAUGAGCGCGUACCUGACAUGCAGACAUAUCCACCGCUACCAGACAUAUUUCUAGACAGUGUUCCUAGGAUACCUUGGGCCUUUGCCAUGACUGAAGUGUGUGGUGUGAUUCUCUGCUACAUUUGGCUCCUGGUUCUCCUCCUUCACAGACACAGGUCUAUACUCUUACGCAGAUUGUGUAGCUUAAUGGGGACAGUGUUCUUGUUGCGUUGCUUUACAAUGUUUGUUACCUCACUCUCUGUGCCAGGCCAGCAUCUGCAGUGUUCCGGAAAGUUGUAUGGCAACGUGUGGGCAAAACUUCAGCGAGCAUUUGCAAUAUGGAGUGGUUUUGGAAUGACACUCACUGGAGUACAUACAUGUGGAGACUACAUGUUCAGUGGCCAUACUGUUGUCCUGACUAUGCUGAACUUCUUUGUCACUGAAUAUACACCAAGAAGCUGGAACUUCUUACAUACUUUAUCCUGGGUCCUGAAUCUCUUUGGAAUCUUCUUCAUUUUGGCUGCACAUGAACAUUACUCUAUAGAUGUCUUCAUUGCCUUCUACAUCACUACAAGACUCUUUUUGUACUACCACACAUUGGCUAAUACCAGAGCAUAUCAGCAGAGUAGGAGAGCGAGAAUCUGGUUUCCAAUGUUUUCUUUUUUUGAAUGCAAUGUUAAUGGUACAGUUCCUAAUGAGUAUUGCUGGCCCUUUUCAAAACCUACAAUAAUGAGAAGGUUAAUUGGAUGAAGAGUACCUAGUUUAAUCUAAGUUAGUAUGAAGUAUUCGUAACAAAUCUCUACAGAACUAACUGAAAAAAUAAGAAAAUAACUGUUUGCAUCCCUGUGGUCUCAUGCCCCACUUCUUAGAUUCUCAGUCACAAAGUUGGGAUUUCCAUACUUCACAAGGUAGUAAUAGAAACUAAAGCUAGGAGGAUAAGUAGAGGCUGCCCCAUAGAUCAUUAUGAAUCUGAAAUAGAGAAGUCGUCAUUACCAUUGGCAUGAUUCUACAAAAAUGCUUUAGGGUAGAGAAUAACUUACACUUUUAAUGUAUGCUUUACCGGACUUGCUGUUUUGAGGUCCAGAUGAUCUCUGGUACCUUGAAUGUUUGCCUGUACAAAUAAU